GUGAGUUCUAUAGUCCAUGCCAGUAACAAAGGCAACAUGAUGUUGUUUCUGUUUGGAUUAUUUCUGCAGUUGGUGGUUGCAGCAUGGGCGCAACAUGACUAUUAUUACUCAGACCAUGACUAUACAGGUGAUGACCAGUGGGUAAAUCUUUUUAGACAGGGAUUUAACUUCCAGUGCCCCCAUGGGCAGGUUAUCGUUGCAAUACGAAGUAUGUAUAGUAAAAAAGAUGGGUCGGACAGGCGGUGGAACUACGGAUGCAUGCCCACUGGUUAUGAGCUUGGGGAACCUACAGAAUGCUGGUGGGAAGAGAUUAACAGAGCAGGCAUGGAAUGGUAUCAGACAUGCUCAAAUAAUGGACUUGUUGCUGGAUUUCAGAGUCAGUACUUUGAUGCUGUGCUGGAUCGGGAAUGGCAAUUUUACUGCUGCAGAUACAGUCGAAGAUGUUCAUAUGGUUGUUGGCUGACAAAUGAAUAUCCUGGACAUUAUGGCGAAGAUGCGGAUAUGAUUAAUUAUUCUUAUGGAUAUUACAUCAGAGGAGCAACUACCACUUUCUCUGGAGUUGAAAGGGACCGUCAAUGGAAAUAUAUCAUAUGCAGGAUGACUGAUUUCAACUGUGAAUUUGAAAAUUUUUAAGAAAACGCGUUAUGAAAUCAGCAAAAGGAUUUAAAUUGCUAUGUUUUGAUCUAUUUUUUCUUGUUAUUUUCUUUUUCUUUAUUUACUCCUUUUGUACCUUUGUCUUAAUCUUCUAAUUCACAAUUGCUCAGAUCUUUGUAUUUGAGAGUAAAAUAUAUUUCCGUAGAGCACAAACAAGUCGUUAUAUUUAGCACAGGUCAGUUAUUCAAUACACGUUUUGCAAUAUUGUUCCGAAUAUUUUAAUUAUAUAAAUACAUUUGCUUAUGCAAAUAAAAAAGGAUAUGAAUGGACUCUUCUCUUAUCCCUGGGUAGUGAUUGAUAAAUAUAUCAGUGUAAACAAAAAUGAUAAAGAAAUAAAGUUAUAAUUCAAAUCAA